UGCUUGCGUGUCUACUUACUCGGCACUGGUAACUACAAAACCGUGCCUCUGCGUACUCUUUACUCCCCCCUGCUUGUACCUUCUCUUCCGAAAGAAGUCCGCCAAAAAAUCGGACCACAGCUUGGCAUCGACAUCGAUGAGAUAGAGCACAACAUGCUCGACGGUGACGCCGAAGAGGACGACAAUGACACUGAUGCCUUUCAAGAUGAUAUCGCUCAUGAAAAUGCAGCCCCCAGGAAUGUUGAUGGCGACGAUGGCCAUGAUGGGAAUGAGAACGUUGAUGCAGAUGCGGACCACAAUAAGGACGACGCAGACUUCGAGGCUGAUGUGAACGACGUGGCGGACAUUAAUGUGGACGGAUCAGUCGUCACAGAGAAAGACCUCUACACGGCGGGAAGGUUUUGGAAUUUUGUAGACUCCUCGCUCGCAGGCGCGCGCAAGGCUGCGAAGGAACAAGCGAUGGAAGACAAGGGUCUAGCGUAUGAGAAAGCAUAUAGCGACAUCCUUGUGCAGUACCUACAGCAGGAUCUUUCUGAUUUUCCUGGAAAUACCAAAGUCCCAACGCUCCUCUCCACCAACCGCCCCCAGUGGCAAUUGACCAUUCAGAACCAACUCCUUUGGAGCCAUGCGUAA